AUGCCAGCGUUUUCAUUGUGUGUCGAACCUAGAAUCGGCAGUUCGCUCUUCCUGCCCACCGGUGUUCCCACCAGCAUCCUUCAAGUCGCAUUCAAUGCGGAGGCGUCAGCAAUCGAAGGCAUCAAGCAGAACUUUCCGCCGUCCGGGAACGCGGUCGGUACCGCUGACACGGGGUGCGGACCCGGCGUGACGUACCCGUCUAACUGA